AUGACAACCGACGAAAAGGUAACCACAGCGGAGGAGAUAUUAAAUGACAGGUUAUCCGAGGUUUCAGGUGCGAAUAAUACAAAUGUUACUGAUAAUACGAAAAAAGCAAAAGUCAAGAAAGAGAAGUCGUUAGAGCAACAAAUCCCCAAAGGUAAACCAAAGUCUGGUAGAGUGUGGAAGGAAGAGAAGAAAAGAUUUUCAUCUAUCGUGAAAACACGUGGUAUACGGUUAUCCUUCGACAAGAAACAAAAAUUGAGAGAGAAUCUGAAGCACGUUAAGGAGAUGUCGAGAGCGAUAAAGGCAGAAAAACAAGCGGAAAAGGAGGCAAAGAAAGAGAGACGAAGAGCCAAUCUAAAACGCGCGGAAGAGAAUCAAAGGAAGAGUGAAAUUGUACAAGUUGUACGUAUUAUUCAUUGAAAUCUUACAAAUAGUGUGAAAAAUGUACUGAAUGUAAUAUUUAUUUAUAGAUUACAAACACUGCAAAAUUGAAGAAGAUCAAGAGGAAACAUUUGAGAAUGAUACAAAAAAGAGAUACACUCAAUCUAUA